AUGAUAGAAGGUGGUCCCUCACCUGAUGUAAUCACCUAUUCCACUUUUAUCAGCGGCUUGUGUAAGGCUGGCCAAAUAACGGAAGCCUUCCAAGUCUUUGACACAAUGAAGGCCAAUAAUUGUGGUCCGAACACAAUUACCUACAAUACUCUCAUUCACCACGUAGGGAAAGUCGGUUGGGUUGGGGAUGGAUGCAAGCUUUUUCAGGAGAUGAAGAACUCAGCUUCUCGUCCGGAUUUGGUGACGUACACUUGCUUGAUUAGUGGACUCUGCAACGCCGGUAGGACAGAAGAAGCUCCGCACAAGUUCCAUGAUCCCAAAACUGAGGGUUUAUCUGAAGACGUAGUAAUUUACAACACCUUAAUGGAUGGAUUAGGCAAGGCCGGCAGGACAGAGGAAGCAGGUGAGCUAUUAGGGAUGAUGAAGGCGUAUGGGGUAAAAGCUGAUCUCGUGACCUACAAUACGUUGACUGAUGGUGUGGGCAAGGAGGGGAGUAUGUACAUGGCAUUCGGCUUCUUCGAAGAAAUGAAGGCGAGGGAAAUUGAACCUGAUGUGGUUACUUACAGUAUUUUGAUCGACGCAGUUGGUAAAGCAGGUCAUGCAGAGGAAGCCAGCCAGCUCAUUGACUAA